ACGAUGAAAGUCAGUACUUUUGCCAUCCGCGUGCGUGCAAGUGUGUGCAGGCGCAUUCGUGACCCCGACCGGCCGAGACGAGACGAGACGAGACGAGACGAGAAGAAGAAGAAGAAGAAGAAGAAGCAGAAGCAGAAGCAGCAGAAGCCGCGCGAGCGUCGCCCACGCGUGCGUGCGGCCGCCGCCAUGUUCCACGUGGCGCACUUGGGCGAUCUGUGGGCGGCGACGGGCGCGUCGACGUGGCUGCCGUGCGCGCUCCUGGCGCUGGCGCUCACGCGUGCGCUGUGGGCUUUCCGGUGGAGGCUGACCAGGGACCCCCGCAACCCGCUGCCCCUGCCGGGGGGCUCCAUGGGCUGGCCCGUGGUCGGCGAGACGCUCCACUGGCUGGUGCAGGGCUCCGACUUCCACGUCUGUCGCAGGCGGCGCCACGGCAACGUGUUUAAGACGCACCUCCUGGGCAAACCCGUCAUCCGGGUGACGGGCGCCGAAAACAUCCGCAAGAUCCUGAUGGGCGAGCACAGCCUGGUGUGCACGCAAUGGCCGCAGAGCACGCGCAUCAUCCUGGGACCCAACACGCUCGUCAACUCCACCGGCGACGCCCACAAGAGGAAGAGGAAGGUGCUGGCCAAAGUGUUCAGCAGAGGCGCUCUGGAGUCGUACCUGCCGCGCCUGCGGGACGUGGUGCGCCGCCAAGUGGCCGAGUGGUGCGCGCGGCCCGACGCCGUGGACGUCUACGCCGCCGCCAAGUCGCUGACGUUCCGGAUCGCCGUCGGCGUCCUGCUGGGUCUGCAGCUGGACGAGGAGCGAGUGGUCUACCUGGGCGCCGUCUUCGAGCAGCUGAUGGACAAUCUCUUCUCGCUUCCUUUCGACGCGCCGCUCAGCGGCCUACGCAAGGGGAUCAGAGCCCGAGAGAUCCUGCACGCCAACAUGGAGAAGAUUAUCGCGGAGAAGAUGGAGCAACGCCGCGACGAACAUCUGGACGCCUUUGACUACAUGUUGUCCGGCGCCAAGGAGCACGGCCAGGACCUCAGCAUCCAGGAACUCAAGGAAACGGCCGUGGAGUUGAUUUUCGCCGCUCACUCCACCACCGCCAGCGCGUCAACAUCUCUGCUGCUGCAGCUCCUCUGCCACCCGGCCGUGGUCCGACGCCUUAAAGCCGAGCUGGACUCCGAAGGCCUCACAAGCACCGGAGAAGGUGGCGAAGGUCUUCGGGCGCACUUGAGCCUGGACGAGAUGAGCCGGCUGCGCUACUUGGACUGUGUCAUCAAAGAGGUUCUGCGCUUCCUGCCGCCAGUUUCCGGAGGGUACCGGACCGCCUUGCAGACCUUCGAGUUGGAUGGCUACCAGGUCCCCAAAGGCUGGAGCGUCAUGUACAGCAUCAGGGACACGCACGAGACUGCCGCCGUCUUCCGGGCUCCAGAACUCUUUGACCCGGAACGCUUUGGGCCGGACCGCGCGGAGAACCGCUCGUCCCGCUUCAGCUACGUGCCCUUUGGCGGUGGCCUGCGGAGCUGCGUGGGCAAAGAACUGGCCCAGAUAGUUCUAAAGACUUUGGCCGUGGAACUGGUGGCGACGUGCAAAUGGACCCUGGCCACCAGGGACUUCCCCAAAAUGCAGACGGUGCCUAUCGUGCACCCCGUCAACGGACUCCACGUGCGCUUCACGCAAAACCAGCAGCUUAGUUAAGUAAGACUGACUGGUCCGAAAGACCUCCGUGUGUUUGUGUGUGUUCUGCUGACAUGAAACACGUCUGCAGCACGGCGGGUUAUCUCCUGUAUCCACGUUUCGGGACCUUCUCGGACUCAGCGCCGCAUCGGCUCCGGUCUCGUGUGGAAAGAGUCCGCUCCUGCAACACUCAAGACACGUCCACAACAGACACACCCGAGCAACCUGACAUCAACAGAUUCACUCCCGGUAACCCACGUUCACACCUAAAGGACUCCUGAUAUUGACAUACAACCCCAGUUCCAAGGAAGUUGGGACGUUGUGUUCAACGUAAAUACAAACAGAAUGCAAUGAUUUGAAAAUCAUGUUCAACCUAUAUUUCAUUGAAUACACUACAGAGAAAGGAUAUAAGGAAACUUGAUUGUUUUUAGCAAAUAAUCAUGAACUUCGACUUUUAUGGCUGCAACGCGUUCCAAAAAAGCUGGGACAGGUGGCGAAAAAGUGGAGUGAAGUUGAGGAAUGCUCAUUAAACACCUGUUUGGAACAUCCCACAGGUGACCAGGCGAAUUGGGAACAGGCGGGUGCCAUGAUUGGGUAGAAAGUUCGGCGGUUAUACAGUUCGGCGCUACGUCCGUAAGUCCAACUUGAAACUCUACUAUGCAAAACAAAGGCCAUUUAUCAACAACACCCAGAAACGCCGCCGGCUUCUCUGGGCCCGAGCUCAUCAAAGAUGGACCGACGCGAAGUGGAAAAGUGUUCUGUGGUCCGACGAGUCCGCAUUUCAAAUUGUUUUUGGAAAUUGUGGACGUCGUGUCCUCCGGGCCAAAGAGGAAAAGAACCAUCCGGGCUGUUACGGACGCCAAGUUCAAAAGCCGGCAUCUGUAUUGGUUUGGGGCUGUGUUAGUGCCAAUGGCGUGGGUCACUUACACAUCUGCGAAGGCCCCAUUCAUGCUGAAAGGUACAUACAGGUUUAGGAGAAACAUACGCUGCCAUCCAAGCAACUUUUUUAUUCAUGGCCGCUUAUUUCAGCAAGACAAUGCCAAACCACAUUCUGCACGUGUUCCAACAGCGUGGCUUCGUGGUAAAAUAGUGCGGGUACGAGACCGGCCUGCCUGCGGUCCAGAGUCGUCUCCCGUUGGAAAUGCGUGGCGCAUUAUGAAGCGUAAAAUACGACAACGGAGACCCCGGACCGUUGAACGGCUGACGCUGUACAUCGAGCGAGAAUGGGAAAGAAUUCCACCUCCAAAGCUUCAACAAUGAGUGUCCUCAAUUCCCAAAUGUUUAUUGAAUGUUGUUCAAAGAAAAGGUGAUGUAACACAGUGGUAAACAUGAGCCCGUCCCAGCUUUUUAGGAAGAUGUCGCAGCCAUCAAAUUCUAAGUUCGUGAUUAUUUGCUAAAAACACGAACGUUUAUCAGUCUGAACAUGAAAUGUCUCGUCUUUGUUGUGUAUUCAAUUCAAUAUAGGUCGAAGACGAUUUGCCAAUCAUUGUAUUCUGUUUUUAUUUAUGUUUAACACAACGUCCCAACUUCAUUGGAAUUGGGGUUGUACAUUUACACUCGAUUUCAACAGACUCAAACCUGACACAUUCACACCUGAUCGCGUCACACUGUCACACCUGACGCAUUCGGACCUGGUGUCAAUCCAUAUUCACGCUUGAAUUUUUCAAUCUCAGCUGGUAUUACAUUCACAACGGAACUCGACGCACAUUCGUACCCGACCGAUGUCAAUGCGGAUUAACACGUGAUAUCGACACACGUUCACACCCGAUAUGAAUUCUCAUUUCCACGUGAGAACAAGACAACGUUCAUCCAUUCACCACUGAACUCAACGCAAACAUAUUCUCACCUCGUAUGAACACAUUUCAGCUCUACACAUUCACACACACUUUGUAGCAACAAGUUUACGUGUGAUCUCAACCACCUAAUAAAGUGGGCAGCGAGUGUGUGUGUGCGUGUGAGAGCGUGCGCGAGAUGAAGUCGAAGUUGAAAUAAGCGGCGUUUGCAAUGCGGUUGGGUGAAGAGAGACUUUCGCUUGCGAAUAACACGAGGAGGAUGCUGUCAAAUGAACGGACGAUGACGAUGACGGUGACGAAUAAUCCGCAGGGUUAGCACUUUCUCGAACCACUCCGAUGUUUUUUGACUCUUUGUGUGUGUGCGCGUGUAGAUCGUGUAGAUGUUGUAUCGUGGCUGUCA